UGCGCCUCAGCGCUGGGGCCAACUCGGCAGCACCACUGCGCCAGGCUCCCCGCCAUCCGCCGCGCGGUGCGCCGCCGGCCAGCCCGCCCGCGCAUUACCGGCGCAAAGCCGCCUGCCGCGGUCUUGUGGGGGCACCAUGUGCCCGCCGAGCCUGCCGCCGCCCCGCUGGUUCUGCGUGCUGGCCGGCGCCCUCGCCUGCGCCCUUGGCCCCGCGGGUGGCUGGGCAUUCAGGCUGCAGCAGGAGGAGUGUGACUAUCUGCAGAUGAUCAAGGUACAGCACACGCAGUGCCUGGAGGAGGCCCAGCUGGAGAAUGAAACAGCAGGCUGCAGCAAGAUGUGGGACAACCUCACCUGCUGGCCAGCCACCCCUCGGGGUCAGGUGGUCGUCUUGGCCUGCCCCCUCAUCUUCAAGCUCUUCUCCUCCAUUCAAGGCCGCAACGUGAGCCGCAGCUGCACAGAUGAGGGCUGGACACCCCUGGAGCCUGGCCCCUACCACGUGGCCUGCGGCUUGGAAGACAAGGCAUCGGGUUUGGAUGAGCAGCAGCAGACAAUGUUCUACAGUUCUGUGAAGACUGGCUACACCAUCGGCUACAGCCUGUCCCUUGCCGCCCUUCUGGUCGCCACCACCAUCUUGAGCCUGUUCAGGAAGCUCCACUGCACGCGGAACUACAUCCACAUGCACCUCUUCAUGUCCUUCAUCCUGAGGGCCGCCGCUGUCUUCAUCAAAGACUUGGCCCUCUUCAACAGCGAGGAGUCGGACCACUGCUCCAAGGGCUCGGUGGGCUGUAAGGCAGCCGUCGUCUUAUUCCAGUACUGUGUCAUGGCCAACUUCUUCUGGCUGCUGGUGGAGGGCCUCUACCUGCACACCCUGCUCGCCGUCUCCUUCUUCUCCGAGCGGAAGUACUUCUGGGGGUACAUAUUCAUCGGAUGGGGGGUGCCCAGCACAUUCACCAUGGUGUGGACCAUCAUCAGGAUCCACUUUGAGGAUUAUGGAUGCUGGGACACCAUCAACUCCUCACUGUGGUGGAUCAUAAAGGCCCCCAUCCUCGCCUCCAUCUUGGUGAACUUCAUCCUGUUCAUUCGUAUCAUCGGAAUCCUGGUUCAGAAACUGCGGCCCCCAGAUGUCAGAAAAAGUGACAGCCGCCCAUACUCGAGGCUCACCAAGUCCACCCUUCUGCUGAUCCCCCUGUUUGGAGUACACUACAUCAUGUUCGCCUUCUUUCCCGACAACUUUAAGGCUGAAGUGAAAAUGGUCUUUGAGCUCGUCGUGGGGUCUUUCCAGGGUUUUGUGGUCGCCAUCCUCUACUGCUUCCUCAAUGGCGAGGUGCAGGCAGAGCUGCGGCGGAAGUGGCGGCGCUGGCACCUGCAGGGUGUCCUGGGCUGGGACCCCAAAUACCAGCAACCAUCCGGAGGCAGCAACGGGGCCACGUGCAGCACGCAAGUCUCUAUGCUGACCCGUGUCAGCCCUGGCGCGCGCCGCUCCUCCAGCUUCCAGGCCGAAGUCUCCCUGGUCUGACCACCAGGAGCCCAGGGGCCCAGGGCGGCCCUUCCCACCCACACCCAUACACCCCGCGCGGCACCGGGGACAAAGGCCUGACCAGGCGAGGUCAGUUCCAGGCUCGGAGGCUGCCCAGGCCCCCAGAUCACUGUCCAGACUCCCCAGGAGAACGCUGCCCUUGUGCCAGCCUGGGGAAAGGAGGGUGCAUAGGUGAAGGAGCACUGAGAGCUCCUACCUGGAAGACGCAGAGUGGAGCUCAGUCUUCAGAUUCCACCCGCUAAAUGCCCCCUUUGCCAAUCAAGGGCAAGAAAUCUGCAUACCCUCACCUGACUCCACCCCCUGGUAGCUCAUGAUUCAUCUGAGGAAGGCAACCGCCCAUCCCCAGACAAUGCACGUGGGAACAUGAUGUGAUCUGAGGGCACAAAGGUCUUGCCUGGAACGGUUACCUGCCACCACCACCUCGACAGUGCCUGAAGCUCUACCAUUGCUGCCAAGUUCCUCUGGGUUAAGCAUCAUCAUUCAGGCAUCUCUCCAAAGAUGCAGUCUCUGCCUGGAAUGCCUCCUCACAGCAGCCAGCAAAUCGAGAUGAAAGAGUUUUUCUGCCUCUGGCAGAUGCCAGGCCCAGUUGUAACAGGGAAUUUUAGUUAGAGGAGGGCAGCUAUCUCCACAGUCCCUGCUGAAAUGGAGUGGUCCCGGGACGGCUGCAGCAAUUUGAGGAGACUGCCACCAGCCCUACCCAUCUCUCUGGGCUGUGGGAACUGCCCUUGGCUGCCCACCUACGUGCCAACUAUUAGAAGCAGGCUCAGAGGUGUGCACUCAUGGACUCCUUAAUCCUCAUAUCAACCCAGCAAGGCAGGAACUACCGUCCCUAUUUCACAGAUCAGGAAAGUGAGCCUCACAGCGAGCAGGUACCUCACCUUAUCACGCAGACAGGAUUUGAACUCAGAUCUUGCUGAUGGGAAAGUGAAAGCACAGUCUCUAACUACUUUCAUAUACUGUAACAAGCUGGAUUCUCUUGGUUAUUUGUAUUACCACUGAUAUUAUUACCACCACCCCCACAACCCCAUCCCCACCGCACCCUCCCGGGAGUGUGGCAGAAGAGUCCUCUGGUCCAUGCAUCAUCUGGACAAGAGCCUGGUGGUCAUGUCCUGUGUCUGACUGCACCUUUGUGGCCACACAGCUCCCUACCCACACCCCAGCCAGAAGAUCCCCUCGGGACUGCAAACAGGCUUGUGCAACAAUAAACACUGGGUUGGACUGA